AGCGGGAGCAGCGACGGCGGCGGUGGCUGGAGGUGGCGGCGGCGCACUGGAGGCGGCCAUGGCAAAGCAGUACGACUCAGUGGAAUGCCCCUUUUGUGACGAGGUGUCCAAAUAUGAGAAGCUCGCUAAAAUCGGCCAAGGCACCUUCGGGGAGGUGUUUAAGGCAAAGCAUCGCAAGACCGGCCAAAAAGUGGCUCUGAAGAAGGUGCUGAUGGAGAAUGAGAAGGAGGGGUUCCCCAUUACAGCCUUGCGGGAAAUCAAGAUCCUCCAGCUUCUAAAACACGAGAAUGUGGUCAACUUGAUUGAGAUCUGUCGAACCAAAGCUUCCCCCUAUAACCGCUGCAAAGGCAGUAUAUACCUGGUGUUUGACUUCUGCGAGCAUGACCUUGCCGGGCUGCUGAGCAACGUCUUAGUCAAGUUCACACUGUCUGAGAUCAAGAGGGUCAUGCAGAUGUUGCUCAAUGGUCUCUACUACAUCCACAGGAACAAGAUCCUGCACAGGGAUAUGAAGGCGGCUAAUGUGCUCAUCACCCGCGAUGGAGUUCUGAAGCUGGCAGACUUUGGGCUGGCCCGGGCCUUCAGCCUGGCCAAGAACAGCCAGCCCAACCGCUACACCAACCGUGUGGUGACGCUCUGGUACCGGCCCCCGGAGCUGUUGCUCGGGGAGCGGGACUACGGCCCCCCCAUUGACCUGUGGGGUGCUGGGUGCAUCAUGGCAGAGAUGUGGACCCGCAGCCCUAUCAUGCAGGGCAACACAGAACAGCACCAGCUUGCCCUCAUCAGCCAGCUCUGUGGCUCCAUCACUCCUGAGGUGUGGCCAAAUGUGGACAAGUAUGAGCUAUUUGAGAAACUGGACCUGGUCAAGGGCCAGAAGCGGAAGGUGAAAGACAGGCUGAAGGCCUAUGUGCGUGACCCCUAUGCACUGGACCUCAUUGACAAGUUGCUGGUGCUGGAUCCCGCCCAGCGCAUCGACAGUGAUGACGCCCUGAACCACGACUUCUUCUGGUCCGACCCCAUGCCCUCGGACCUCAAGGGCAUGCUAUCCACCCACCUGACGUCCAUGUUUGAGUACCUGGCACCACCACGCCGGAAGGGCAGCCAGAUCACCCAGCAGUCCACCAACCAGAGCCGCAAUCCCGCCACUACCAACCAGACGGAGUUUGAACGUGUCUUCUGAGGGCCAGCUGCUGUUGCUUCUCAUUAGGGCCGUUGUUUUAUUUUUUCUUCUGCUCUGUGACUUGUGUUGUGGAGAUUUGGGGGCAUUUGAGUUUUUUCUCUAGUGCAUAUUUUAUUUAAUCCCCACCCUGGGCAUCAGGAACCAACCGAGCAGACUGGAACAAAGCUUUGGCUGAGAGUCCAGGAAGGCACUUGGGCUGCCUCACUUCGUUCCCUGGCUUUUGGGGUGAUGCCCAGAGGGUCUCCAUUUACCUUAGGACAGGAAUGAGAUGGGAGGAAAGGUGCACCCCACCGGUGACUUUCUAAGAGAUCCCAGCAUGCUGGGAAGAGGGGACAGGUCCCUCACCCAUCCCCAGCCCUUCUCACGGGAUGAGAAGCUGGCGUUGGGGACAGAACCAGCCUUGGGAAUGGGCUGCUCUUGGCCUAACCCUCAGAAGCUUGGGGGCUGGCAGAAACUCUUGGUUUCUUCAAUAGGACAAUUUUAUCGUGUUUGUUCAGUUGUUCAGAGACAUUCCUGGAUGCAGAUUGGUCAGUAACGAUUAAAGUUGACUCUUUUUCAGUAAA